AUGCAGGAAGGAGGAGCGCGCAGACGCAAUGCUUCCGCUGCGUGCUCGUGCACCAUCAUUGCCGGAGUCCUUUGCUUGCUGCUGAGCGUCUGGCACUUGAACGGCACGGCGUCAUCGCCAUCUGGUCUCGAGAGGAGCUUCAAGCGCCUGCAAAGCCCUGCCGAGCUGUUUCGGUCUUUUCCUCUGCCUUUCACGUUGAAGCGGCUGGUCAACGAAAGCCGGGCCGAGGCAGCUGCCAUUUUGCAGGGCAGGGAUGAUCGCUUGAUUGCGGUUGUCGGCCCAUGUUCGAUUCAUGACCCUGAAGCUGCUCGCGACUAUGCUCGUCGCCUGCGAGAAGUGAAGGUUGAGUUUGAAGAAGAUCUCCUGAUCAUCAUGCGAACAUACUUGGAAAAACCACGAACUAGCGUUGGCUGGAGAGGCUUGAUCAGUGAUCCCGACCUCUCUGGGGCUGAAGACUUAGGGAGGGGCUUGGCACUUGGACGGCGCGUGCUGCUGGACAUGAAUGCUUUAGGGCUUCCGACCGCGGUGGAGUUCCUGGACCCGCUUGUAGCCCCAUACAUUGAGGAUGCCGUGACGUACGGCAGUAUCGGUGCCCGCACCGUCGAAAGCCCAAUCCACCGGGCCCUGGCAGCGAGCCUGAAAAUGCCCAUGGGCUUCAAGAACAGUCGCAGCGGCCCCUCGGAUGCAGUUCUGGGGAGGGCUGAGACCUACACAAAAACCUGGCAUACAUUACAGCUGCCAACCGUGCGCCGGAUCGGACGUGCCCUGGUUGUGAGUUGCAAUGCGUCCAGCCAAGAGUUGGAGCUGGCCGAUGCGCCUCUUGUGAGUCCAGGUGAUAUCCAAGAUGCUGUGAACGCGGCUGUUGCGGCAUCAGCACCUCAGAAGAAACUAGCUCCAGACAGCCGCGGUCGUGUGCGAAUCGUCCAGGCCGAUGGGAAUCCUGACUCGCACAUUGUGCUGCGUGGUGGUGAAGAUGGUCCAAACUUUGGCGAAGCCUUCGUCGCUGAGGCCAAGGAGCGGUUGAACAAGGCCGGCUUUCGAGGUGCGCAAAUUAUGAUCGAUUGCUCUCAUGGCAACUCCCGGAAAAAGUACGAGGGAGAGGUUGUGGCGUGCAGAUCUGUCGCCGACCAGGUGGCUGCUGGCAACACAGCAAUCGGCGGAGUUCUGAUCGAAAGCUUCCUGGUCGCCGGGAACCAGAAGUUGGAACCAGGUGUGACCCGAUUACAAGAUCUGAAAUAUGGCUGCAGCGUGACGGACUCCUGCAUGGACUUCAAUUCUACCAAGGACCUCCUCAGAGAAUUGGCAACUGCCGUCGUCGCAAGACGUGCCAAAGUAUCCCAGAGCUGGAAGGAGGCUGGGACCAAGCCUCAAAAAGCGCCUGUUCCGCAUUCGUGA